AUGGAGCAGCGGCGCUGGUUGCUAACCAGCAGUGAGGUGGUGGUAUUUGGAGCAAGAAAGAGAAAAGAGAGAGGUACCGGUAAUAAGAAAGGAGAAAAAAGGAAGAAGAUGCAGCGGCAACGGCGAAGCCAUUGGCCGACCGACAAUAGCAAAGAUAGAUCUAAGGCUAGGGAUGUGGAUGGAUUCAAGCUGUGGUACUCAGAGAGUGAGAGGAGGCAGAAUGGAGUGAGCAUCUUAGUGAACAAGGAUCUUAGAGGGCAGGUGGUGGAGGUUAGGAGGGUCAGUGAUAGGCUAAUGACCAUUAAGAUAGUCGUUGGGGGGUUUACUUUGCAUGUGUGUAGUGUUUAUGCGCUGCAGACGGGCUUAGAUGAGGAGGUGAAAGCAAGUUUUUGGGAGGCUUUGGAUGAGGUGGUGAGAAGCGUACCUAGCUUAGAAAAUAUUUUCAUAGCAGGGGACUUUAAUAGGCACAUUGGGGUUUUACUGGGAGGCUAUGAUGAUGUGCACGGAGGCUUUGGUUUCGGUGAUAGGAAUGGGAAAGGAGCUGCGCUAUUAGAUUUUACGAGGGCUUUUGGGCUGGUGGUUGUGAACUCGAGUUUUUCAAAGAAAGAGGAUCACUUGAUUACCUUCUAA